AUGGCAGGACCUACAAAGAUCAGUAUCUUAGGUCGCGAGAGUAUCAUCGCUGACUUCGGCCUCUGGCGAAACUAUGUCGCCAGGGACCUGAUCAACGAUUGCCCCUCCACGACCUAUGUCCUCAUCACCGACACGAAUAUCGGCUCAAUAUACACACCCGGAUUUCAAAAGAACUUUGAAGAUGCCGCCGCCGCCGUCUCCCCGCCCCCUCGCCUCCUCAUCUACAACGCUCCGCCAGGAGAGGUCUCCAAGUCCCGCCAGACGAAAGCUGACAUUGAGGAUUGGAUGCUGAGCCAAAACCCUCCUUGCGGUCGUGAUACUGUUGUCAUUGCUUUGGGUGGAGGAGUUAUUGGGGAUCUGACUGGGUUCGUCGCUGCGACUUAUAUGCGCGGUGUUCGUUAUGUUCAAGUCCCCACGACACUUCUUGCCAUGGUUGACUCGUCAAUUGGCGGGAAAACUGCGAUUGACACUCCUCUGGGAAAGAACCUGAUUGGCGCGAUUUGGCAACCGACGAAGAUUUACAUUGAUCUGGAAUUCCUCGAGACACUACCAGUGCGUGAGUUCAUCAACGGAAUGGCAGAGGUCAUCAAGACCGCUGCCAUCUCCAGCGAAGAAGAAUUCACGGCUCUGGAGACCAAUGCGGAGACUAUCCUGAAGGCCGUCCGCCAGGAUAUCAAGCCUGGGCAACACCGCUUCAAGGGCCUCGAGGAGAUCCUCAAGGCCAGAAUCUUGGCGUCUGCGCGGCACAAGGCAUUUGUCGUUUCGGCCGACGAGCGUGAGGGUGGUCUCCGAAACCUUCUGAACUGGGGUCACUCUAUUGGUCACGCCAUUGAAGCCAUCCUGACACCGCAGAUCCUCCACGGAGAAUGUGUUGCUAUCGGUAUGGUCAAGGAGGCUGAAUUAGCUCGCCAUUUAGGUAUCCUAAAGGGCGUUGCAGUUUCACGUAUCGUCAAGUGCCUUGCUGCCUACGGCCUACCCACCUCACUGAAGGAUGCUCGUAUUCGCAAGCUCACGGCUGGUAAGCAUUGUUCGGUCGACCAGCUGAUGUUCAACAUGGCCCUAGACAAAAAGAACGAUGGCCCCAAGAAGAAGAUUGUCCUUCUCUCCGCCAUUGGACGCACUUAUGAGCCUCGUGCCAGUGUUGUCGCCAACGAGGAAAUUCGCGUAGUUCUCGCUCCCAGCAUCGAGGUACACCCAGGCGUAUCCAAGUCGUUGAACGUUGUUUGCGCGCCUCCGGGUUCGAAGAGUAUCUCCAACCGUGCGCUGGUUCUGGCAGCUCUGGGCUCAGGUACCUGCCGUAUCAAGAAUCUGCUGCACUCUGAUGACACCGAAGUUAUGCUAAACGCACUCGAUAGACUGGGUGCUGCCACUUUUGCAUGGGAGGACGAGGGUGAAGUGCUUGUGGUCAACGGCAAGGGUGGAGACCUGCGCGCUCAUCCCUCAGAGUUGUACCUUGGCAACGCCGGUACGGCUUCUAGAUUCCUCACUACAGUCGCCACUCUUGCCAAUCCCAGCACUGUCGAUCAUAGCAUCCUCACCGGUAACAACCGUAUGAAGCAGCGACCCAUUGGGGACCUGGUGGAUGCACUGACAGCUAACGGGGCUUCCGUCGAAUACGUCGAGAAGACCGGCAGUCUGCCUCUCAAGAUUGCCGCCUCAGGCGGAUUUGCUGGAGGCAGUAUCAACCUGGCUGCCAAAGUGUCAUCUCAGUAUGUUUCAUCGCUGCUCAUGUGCGCUCCCUACGCCAAGGAGCCUGUGACCUUACGUCUAGUCGGUGGCAAGCCCAUCUCCCAGCCCUACAUUGACAUGACAACUGCAAUGAUGCGGUCGUUUGGCAUUGAUGUGCAAAAGUCCACGACCGAAGAACACACCUAUCAUAUCCCCCAAGGGCGUUAUGUGAACCCGGCCGAAUAUGUCAUUGAGAGCGAUGCCAGCUCCGCCACCUACCCACUUGCAAUUGCAGCAAUCACUUCUACUACAUGCACAGUUCCCAACAUCGGAUCCGCCUCCCUGCAAGGCGAUGCCCGCUUCGCUGUUGAGGUUCUGCGGCCCAUGGGCUGCACUGUCGAGCAGACAGAAACCUCGACUACUGUUACUGGUCCCGCUGACGGUAUCUUGCGGCCACUCCCCAACGUGGAUAUGGAACCCAUGACAGAUGCGUUCCUCGGUGCUUCUGUUCUUGCAGCCGUCGCUCGUGGAAAUGAUUCGAACCACACAACCCGGAUCUACGGUAUCGCCAACCAGCGUGUCAAGGAGUGCAAUCGAAUCAAGGCAAUGAAGGAUGAGCUUGCCAAGUUCGGAGUGGUCUGCCGAGAGCACGAUGAUGGUAUUGAGAUUGAUGGUGUCGAUCGCUCAACGCUACGCCAGCCGGCCGGUGGUGUCUUCUGCUACGAUGACCACCGGGUUGCCUUUAGCUUCAGCGUGCUGUCGCUCGUGGCUCCCCAGCCUACUCUUAUCCUUGAAAAAGAGUGUGUUGGCAAGACAUGGCCGGGUUGGUGGGAUACAGCUCGCCAAUUGUAUGGUGUGAAACUCGAGGGAAAGGAGUUGGAGGAGGAAGAAUCUUCGGCUCUCAGCAGCACUGACAAGGCCAACGCGUCAAUCUACAUCAUUGGCAUGCGUGGUGCCGGAAAGUCAACAGCAGGAAACUGGGUUUCCAAGGCUCUCGAUCGGCCUUUUGUCGACCUAGAUACUGAGCUUGAGACUACGGAAGGCAUGACUAUUCCUGAUAUCAUCAAAACCCGUGGCUGGCAAGGUUUCAGAGAUGCGGAGCUGGAAAUCUUGAAGCGCUCGCUCAAGGAGCGUCCGAGAGGCUACGUCUUUGCCUGUGGCGGAGGUGUAGUUGAGAUGCCGGAAGCCCGCAAGUUGCUCGUUGACUAUCACAAGAACAAGGGCAACGUUUUACUUCUUAUGCGCGACAUUAAAAAGGUCAUGGAUUUCCUGUCAAUCGACAAGACUCGCCCGGCCUACGUCGAGGACAUGAUGGGCGUGUGGUUGCGACGCAAGCCCUGGUUCCAGGAAUGUAGUAACAUUCAGUACUACAGCCAGCAGGCCAGCUCUGGUGGCCUGGCUCGGGCAUCCGAGUGCUUCAACCGCUUCCUGCAAGUUGUCACCGGUCAGGUUGACAACCUCGCGAUCAUUAAGAAGAAGGAGCACUCUUUCUUCGUCUCUCUAACCCUGCCGGAUCUCCGUGAGGCUGGAGAUAUUUUGGAGGAAGUGUGCGUUGGGUCUGAUGCGGUGGAGCUGCGAGUCGACUUGCUCAAGGAUCCUUCAUCUGAGAGUGACAUCCCGUCAGUCGACUACGUUGUGGAACAGCUGUCUUUCCUCCGUAGCCGCAUCUCACUUCCUGUGAUAUUCACCAUCCGCACCAAGAGCCAGGGCGGUCGAUUCCCCGACGAGGCCCACGAUGCUGCGCUCGAGCUGUACACUCUUGCAUUCCGGUCUGGAGUCGAGUUUGUCGACCUCGAGAUUGCAUUCCCCGAGAAUCUGCUGCGAACAGUAACGGCCAUAAAGGGUCACUCGAAGAUUAUCGCGUCACACCACGACCCCAAGGGUGAGCUCUCCUGGGCGAACAUGUCGUGGAUCAAGUUCUACAACAAGGCACUUGAGUGGGGUGAUAUCAUCAAGCUUGUCGGAGUCGCUCAGAAUCUCGAUGACAACACGGCUCUGAGAAAGUUCAAGAACUGGGCGGCAGAGGCUCACGAUGUUCCUCUGAUUGCUAUCAACAUGGGCGACCAGGGCCAGCUGAGCCGCAUCCUGAACGGCUUCAUGACUCCAGUCUCUCAUCCCAGCCUGCCCUUCAAGGCCGCUCCUGGACAGCUCUCUGCUACGGAGAUCCGCAAGGGACUCUCGCUCAUGGGAGAGAUCAAGGCCAAGAAGUUUGCCCUCUUUGGUAGUCCAAUCUCAGCAUCCCGCUCGCCCGCCCUCCACAACACCCUCUUCUCUCAAGUCGGCCUUCCCCACGAGUACACCCGACUAGAGACCACCAACGCCCAAGACGUCCAGGAUUUCAUCCGCUCCCCUGACUUUGGAGGUGCAUCCGUAACAAUACCCCUCAAACUCGACAUCAUGCCCCUCCUUGAUGAAGUCGCCGCGGAAGCCGAAAUUAUCGGCGCCGUCAACACAAUCAUCCCCGUCUCCGACGGAAAAGGCAAGCCCGCCCGCCUGGUUGGCCGCAACACCGACUGGCAGGGGAUGAUCCUCUCCCUGCGCAACGCAGGCGUCUACGGACCCGAGGGCCAGCAGAGCGCGCUGGUCGUCGGUGGAGGCGGAACCGCACGGGCGGCCAUCUACGCCCUCCACAGCAUGGGCUACUCCCCGAUCUACAUCGUGGGUCGAUCCCCCGCUAAGCUCGAGGGCAUGGUGUCGACGUUCCCCAGCAGCUACAACAUCCGGGUCGUCGAUGGCGUUGGAAGUCUCGAGACGAUUCCCAGCGUCGCGAUCGGCACCAUCCCUGCCGACCAGCCCAUUGACCCGGGUAUGCGCGAGACGCUGUGUCACAUGUUCGAGCGCGCACAGGAGGCCGAUGCUACUUCCAUCAAAUCUGUCGAGCACGCGCCACGGGUUCUCCUUGAGAUGGCGUACAAGCCACAGGUAACCGCACUGAUGCGACUGGCGUCUGACUCUGGGUGGAAAACAAUUCCGGGACUUGAGGUUCUUGUCGGGCAGGGUUGGUAUCAGUUCAAAUACUGGACGGGGAUAUCUCCGCUGUACGAAAGCGCUAGGGCCGCCGUUCUCGAAUCCCCAUGA